AUGAAGGCCUUUUUGAAAGGUGGUGAUGGACAUUUAUUUCCAUUGUCUCCAAAAGUAACUACUAUUGGCAGAGAAGGAUGUGAUGUAACUAUCAAGAUACCUGGUGUAGAUUAUCAACAUGCUGUAAUAGAAUACUAUGAUAUAGAAGAUUGUUAUGUAUUACAAGAUUUAAAUACAGUUCAGGGUACAUAUAUUAAUAAUGUACGGGUACAGAAUGCAGCUGUUCGUCUGGCUCCUUCUGAUAUGAUACAGUUUGGUUCCAAUGGUGCAACAUACGAACUCUUUAUUGAAAAUCCCCCUCCAGUCAUUUAUCCACCAGUGCAACAGAGACCAGCAUGGACCCAGCCAUUAACAGUUAUAGGUGAUCAACCUGCUACAACAAGUCAUGAUCAGUCAAAUUUACCUUAUAUUACUACUACUGUCACUGCCUUACCCCCCUCUGGUAUGUGGGUUCAGCAAAACCAACAAAGUCCUUUACCUCGGCCCCCAUUGAGAACUCGACCAUCUAGUGCUGGAUCUAUUAGAAGAGGGAGUUUUGAGGGGAGAUUACCAAAUGGACAAGUUGUUACCACUAUUCAACAACAACCAUCCAUACUACAGCAAUCAGGGAACUGGACUGGUGGUCGUCAAGUUACAACUAAUGUCAUCUCUUCAGUAACUAAUCCUAAUGAUCUCAUGAUUAUGAUGCAAGAAAAGGAACAAAAACUUCUACAGUUGACAGAAGAAGUGGGGAGACUACGAGGUGUUGAGAUGGAUUCAUUCCGUAAAGAUCAAAUGGUACAAAAAUUACGUCAAGAAAACCUUGACCUUCAUAGUCAAAUGUCCUCAUUCGAUGACCAGCAGCAACAUGUCACUGACAUGGAACUCACCCAAAGACUCAUGUCUCUAGAAAAUGAAGUUGCUGGGAAGAAAAGUGAAAUUGCCAUUCUAAAAGAACAGAUUUCUAAGUUAAAACUGGAAUCACCUGACACUCCCAAUAUUGUUCGUCAAGAAUUAUCAGAGAGAGUUAGAGAAUUGAGUUCUGUUCGUAAUGAAAUGGAGAGAUUAAGAAAAGAUAAAAAUAUAACGUCAGGAUUAGUAACUCAAAUGCAGAGAGACAUGUCCUCCAAGUGUGAGGAAGAUACUAUAUUGGAUUCUUCUCUCAGUAAAUUAAAUCGUGAAUUAGAAAUGGUGAAGAAGGAAUUACGAGAGAGAGAUAUUCAACUAACAGCAGCUAAUAAUAAGAUAACUAAAUUGAAAGAAAAUUAUGCUGCAUCAUCCCUAGCAGAGAAUAAACAAAAUGUAGAGACUAAUAAUGCCAGAGAUAGAGAGUUAAUGAGUUUAAGACAGAAAUUUAAAAAUGCAGAGACAAAAACUUUAGAAUUCCAAGAUUUAGUGACAACGUUACGAGGGGAAGUAGAUAAUGUUAAAACACAACUGUUUGAAGAAAAGGACAAGAAUAGAAAAUUACAAACAGAAUUAGAUACAGCAAAAUCUCAAUAUUUAGACAUGCAACGAACAGAACGUGUUGUCAGAGUAGAUCUUGAACAAGCAACCAAAAGGUUGGAGAGAUUUAGAAAUAGAGUUAUUCAAGUCACAUAUGGUUCCUCAGGAUUAUCUGCCCCUGAAACUGAAUUAACAGACGAUGAUCUGUUAGAGACUUUAAAGAAAUUAAUUGAAGAGCGUGGUAGUUUAAAGACAGUUAUAACUGAAUUAGAAACCAAGAAACAGGAGGCUGAAUCCAGCAAAGAUGAACUUAUGGAAAAUAGUCAGAAAUUACAGGAACAUCUUGAUGCCAGUUUGAAUAGAUUAAAAGAAAAGGGAAUGAAAUGUGAAACCGUAAAUCAAGAAAUUGACAUCCUGAAUUCUGUAGCUACAGAUGAUUCAUUUACAUGGAUGCGAGAUGUGGUGGCAGACAUCUUGAAAACUGUGUCGUCAUGGGAACAAUCUAUAGAGACAUCUCUAGAAACAUGUGGUGUGAAUGUUAAACUCUCAAAUGAAGGUCCUGAUAGACAUAUUCUUCAAAUCAAUGAAAAAUUGUUGGCUGCCUUAGAAGAGAAAUCCAGAUUAGAAACUCAACUAACAGACGCUGAUGUUUCUCAUAAAGAAGAAUUUGAACAAAAGAUAAAGAGUUUAACAGAACAAAUGGAAAAUGAUAUGAAAGAUGCUGUAGAAAAAGCAAGAUUAGAAGGAGAAGAGAAAUUGAAUAAAGCUAUAGAUGAAAUCAGACUGUUAGAAUCUGAGAGGAGAGAAAGUAUGGAGAGUUCUGAUAAACGUAAAAUAGAAGAGUUAGAAAGUGCUCUAGAACAAUUACGAGAGUCCUUUACUAAACAAGAAGAAGAACAAGCAAAUAAACUAGAGCAAGCCUCCAAUAUCCUGGCCCAGUUUGAUAUGUUGAGGUCCUCAGAAGCUCAAUUAAGAGCUGAUUUAAUAAAAUUAGACCAAUCAAAGAAACUAGAAAUGGAAGAGAUCAAUAAACAGUUAUCAGAGAAAGAUCAGGCCCACCAGGAUGAGAUCCUACAUCAUAAACAACAAGUCAGUCAACAUGCCGUCACUAUCUGUGCUAUGGAAGAACGUCUAGCUAAAGUCACUAGAAUUAAUGCUGAAUAUGAAGAACAGAUUAAAGCUUUGAAUUGUAAAGUACAAGACUUAAAAACGGAAUUGAAUAAAGCACAGAAACCUUCUAUACCUCCAAAACCUAAAGUUGUUCUACAGAGAAAUACUGAGGAAAUGACAGCUCUUGAACACCUGAUAUCUGUUUUAAGGUUAGAUAACUCUGAAUUAAAGAAACAAUUAACAGCACAGCAAGAUGUUAUCACUGGAUUACGACGUGAUUUAACUGGUGCAUCUGCUAGAUUAUCUGAUAUCACUGGGGAACUCUCAGAAAACCAAAAACAGGAAAUGGAGCAGAAUCGUGAAAUUCUAUGCAGAAGAGAAAAAGAUUUGAAUGAAACUCGUCAACAGUUAGCUAAGUUAUCAAAGAUUGUAGACAAACAGAAAGCAGAAAUGAAAACACUGGAAGCUGCAUUGCUUAAAGAGAAAGAUAUAGUAAGACAGUAUAAAGAUAGUAUGGAUGAUAAUGUCAAUAUUAUAAAAGAAUAUGAAGCCAGAUUGAAUGAUGAGAGAGAAGAACAGAGGAAACAGUUAGAUCUUUUAGAUCAUGAGGGUAAAAUUACAACUGAAUUAUCUGCCCUUGGUGCACAGUGUCGUGGUGAGAGACAUGAAGCAGUUAUAAUGAGACAGAGGGAAGCUUUAGCUGAACUACGUGGCAGAUUAAAGUCUUUAGAACAUGCUAGACCACCAUUGCCAACACAUGAUCAAGCCUUACAGCAAGUAGUAAUAUUGAAGAAAGAAUUGGCUGAAAUGAAAGCUAACCAAGCUCUGAGUGAAGAUAAUGUAUUAAAUGGACGUAGUGUAUUAGAUAGAGAAAUUAACAGAGCUAGAGGAGCAGCAGCUAAAGGUGGUGUUGAAGCUGACAUAGAACGAACAGCUCAUAAAGAAACUCAAGAUUCUUUAGAUCACAGUGAACAAUCAUAUUUCAGUUUAUUGAGAGGUGUAGCUGGUACACUGGCUGUUGAUGAAGCAGAAGUCAUCAAACCAAUGGCUCAUCUACCUAGAGAUGACAGAGCUAGACUUCUACAACAGAGAGAAAAACUUUGUGAAUCUUUAGUGAGGAAAAUUCAAAUGUUGAAAGAAGUCUUGGAAAGGAAAGAAGGAAUGCUCGCCAACUAUGAAAAGGACCUUGACAAACUACGCCAACUUAAAGAUGUAUCAGAAAAGAAAUCAGUUCAGUUAGAGGCCUUAGUGAAUGAUGUACAAGGAAGAUCUGAAGAAACAAUGUAUUUAAGAGAAUGUUUAAACAGAACAAAAGAAAGACUAAAUCAAGAAAUCAGAUUAAAUAAGGCUAUUAAAGAGAAAAAGACAUUCCAUUUAGAAAAUGAAAGAAUACAUUUAGAAUCACCUCCAUCUAAACCUAAACCAUCUAAUACAUCAGAUGAUAAUAAGUCAAUAUUACAAAAAAGAGCACAGAAAGAAUUAUUAAAAAAGAAAGACUUUGAAAUAAAAACUUUAAAAGAUCAACUUAGUACAAAAGAAGAAGAAUUACGCAGACAAGAUCAACGUGUUAUGAGUUUAAAGGGUGAAAUAAUGAAUAGACAAGUAGCUGUUGAAUAGAAUAUGAGAAUAUAGCUCUGUUAUCUGUGAUUUUAUGUUUUACUAUCUGUGAUUAUGUUUUAGUUUCUGUAUGUUUACAUUUAGAAAAUUCAAUAUAUAUAGGCUUUAAUUGUAUAUUAAUUCACCUGAAGUAGGAUUUAUCUGUAGAAAAUUGUAUUUAUUUGAAAUUUUAUUAUUGACCAUCUUCAUACAUUUAAUAUUUUAUUAAGGAUACCUUAAACACCUUAACAUGUCAGACAAUGGGAGAACAUUUUUAUCAACAACUUUGUAGCUCAGCAUUUUUGCAGGGCAUGCAAUCCUCUAGAUGAAAUUAGAAUGUUAUAGGAUAUUAUGAAUAUUUAUUUGACAUGAAUAUUUUUUUUUGAAAAAUGAAGAAUCUCUGUACAUUUAUAUGUUCAAAAUUUGAUAAAUUAUAAGAUAUGAAGUAUUGAGAUUUAUUAUCUAGAUUAUAAAAUAAGGUAUUGAGAUUUAUAUUCAAAUUGUGAUAAAUUGUAAAAUGAAAAAUUGAGAUUUAUUAUUUAAAUUCGUCCAUUUUGAUAGUUAUUUAUAAAGUGCUUGUUAAUGUAUUUUUUAUUAUGUACUGUGAUAGUUUACACCUUUUAGCUAAUUGAACACAUUCCUUAUUGGCGCCAGUCCAUCCAGUUAAUCAUGAUGAUCAAGUUUUUAGCCGACCCUCAACCACACUCCUUAUUAGCACCACAUUUGCAUAUCACAAUACAGAAUACAGCUUCAAUUGUGUCAAAUCUUUUUAUUAUCACAUAUUUUUCUUUUAGUGUUAUUUUAUAGCUGUAUUAUCUUAUAAAUAUAUGUAUUUGUUUUCUAAUUAGUCAAAUUGUAUUUUUAUGUAGAAUGUUCCAAAUUUAAAUGCCUUUUCUUCUUCCAAAGUGUCCUAUUUUCUAGAAAUAUUGAAUAAUUGUAUUUAUCUUAGUUGUUGAUCUCAAUUAUAUCAUGUUGUCUAUUU